GCUGAUUCAGAGGAAUCAUGCGGAAGUAGUAAAUUAGACACAUCAAGUAGUGCAAAUCACCAACCAAAACAGUGACAUUUUGGAAAACUAAUGAAAGUAACGUUUAUUUUAUUUUAAACAAGAGGACCUGUGCCAGUUCCAUUCCGAUAGUUAGGUUAUUCCGUAGAGGUAGCCUAUAGUCACUGAAUUGUCAUCAUCAGAUAGAGUUAUGGCAUGCAGCGACUCUAUGGUGUCAAUGAAUGGAACUCAAGUUUCCUAUAUUGGACAUGACUGUGAGGACAUCCCAGAGUUCCUUGGAGAAAGAUAUGGACUCUUGACAAGACGGCUAGAUCUCAGCUUCAAUCAGCUAAGGUCACUGGCGGGCCUCAAAGCGUUCACUGGGCUGAAAGAACUGGUCGUCGACAACAAUCUGCUCGGAAACGACCUCCAGUUGCCCAGGUUACCCACCCUCCACACCCUGACACUCAAUAAGAACCAACUGACUGACAUUGAGGCGCUGCUGGAGCACUUGGCGAAGGCGACACCGUCGCUGCAGUACCUCAGCCUGCUGGGAAACGAGGCCUGUCCCAACCAGCUGGUCAGCCUGGACAAGGAUGAGGACGACUACCAGAGAUACAGGUAUUUUGUUCUGCACAAGCUACCCACCCUAAAGUUCCUAGACACUAGGAAGGUUUGUAAGAUUGAACAGCAGGAGGCUGAAGCACGGGGAGCCUUCAUGAAGGUGGUUAAACCCAAGUUAUCAGACAUGGUGGCCCCAGGUGACCCCAGGUCUGAGUGUUCCUCUAUGCCCUACACCCCUCUACCCAGAGGCUCUAGAGACGGCAAGAACCACAAAGGUGUGUUCGCCAAGUGCCGUUACAUCUACUAUGGAAAGCAUUCGGAAGGCAACCGAUUCAUCCGCAAUGACCAACUCUGAUGGACCGACAGAGAGACGCAAACACACGCACACAAGCUUCAUUAUACAAGUCGUUAAAUAAAAAUUCAAACAUCUUCAUUAAAAUGUCUCUUCCAUAACCUAUACUGUCACUCUCAGACCCCAGUCCUGGCGCCGUAUCUAUCAAGCUUCUCAGACUAGGAUUGCUGAUCUAGAAUCAGUUUUGAUCAUGAAUGAGAUUAUAUGGACAGGGGGGACCUGAUCCUAGGUCAGCAUCCUUCUCUACGCUUUAUGAAUACGGGCCUUGUAGCGUAGUGGCCUGGUCUCCUCCUCCUCCGCUGAGCUGUGGAUGGCUCUCCUGUCAGCUCCACUCUCCUGCCCCAGAGUGAACGUUGACAUAAUUGCAUUCAAGCAGCAGUGCUCCACAUAAACACAACCAUAUACAAAAGUGCAUGCAUGCACGCACACGCACCCACAGAACUGUUCACGCAAGCGCACACACUCUCUCUCUUUCACACCCACCCACCCUAACACACACACACCCCGUGGCCACGGUGAUGGACAGCUCCAGCCAAGCGGCUGAUUUGACAGCCACAGCAGCCAUGAUGGAUCACCCGUCCCCUACCGCCACUCAUCAGGGGUCAGAGGUCAAACCUGAUGCCUCACUGGGCCUGUGUGAAUGUGCACGUGUGAGGGGGACAGGGGACUGGGCGUAAUGAUGUAUAUUUCAAAAUGUAAGUAUACAGUAAAUUUCACUUUUAGAGUGGCAGCUAGGAGAAAGAAAGAGAGAUACAACAUAAAACUAAUAAAGUUUUAAAAACCUUUACAAUUCCCACCCCUAUGUCCACCUAGAGAUAAAUUAUAUAAGAUAGGUAGAUGUUUACACCUGGCACAUCUCCAUCUUGUCUAAAUUGGGGCUUGAGA